AUGGCGUGCGUUGGCUGCGCGCUCUUUCUGCUGCUGGCCGGCUCGGGUGUUGCAAUGACCGACAUCACCGGCCACAUCUACUGCGACAACUACUUCGAGUUUUACUUCAACGGGCAGCUGAUUGCGAAGGACCCUUUGGACUUUACGCCUCACAAUGCCGUGAAGGUCAGCUUUCAACACAACGAGUCGGAGGGUAAGAACAAAACCUAUGCGAUCCUUUGCCAAGACUACGCCAGCUCCAGUGGCUACGAAUACACGCAAACAAACAACCCGCAACUGGGUGAUGGUGCUUUGCUGGCGGAGUUCUCUGACGGGACGAGGACCACCAGAGAUUGGAAAUCCUUCGUUGUCAGCUUCGGUCCGACUGAUGCAUCAAUUACCAGUGGCUGCUCCUCAAGCAACCUCGCACCUUGCCAAGUGCAGAACCACGCGAUGCCGAGCAAUUGGUUUGCCGUCGACUUCGACGACUCAUCUUGGGCAUCGGCAACGGAGUACACGGCCUCUGAGGCUAGACUGGCACAGCAAACCCUGAAAAAUCCCAGCUAA